AUGUGGAAACGUUUAGGAUUUGGGGAUGCUACAAUCACCAAUGAGCCAACCAUAGAUUACAAUAGAACAUCGUCGACAUUCCUGAAUACUCCACGGAAACCGAUGUCGAGCAGCCGAAAUCGUGCAUCAAGAUUACUAGAUGAUUUAUCAACACCACAGCGAUAUCGAAAGGAUCACGACAGUGAAGAUGAUGAUGAUGACUACGAUGAUGAUGAAUAUAAUCGCUACCGAUUUGACUACACAAGAAAUCUCGAUUUCAAUGCCUAUGAUUUGGAUGACGAUUUACGUAGAGACACGGAAUUAAUCGGUGAAUGGACGAGGGAGAAUAGCUUGAGAAAUAAGUACUCGGAUGUGAAGAAUGAUAAACUUGAUGAUACCCACUAUUCCCUCCCACUUAAAUUUCCAGGCAAGUAUCAAACAGUGUCAAGAGAAGGCGCUGUUGAGCUGAAGGAUAAGAAAAUUGAUUCGGAGAAUAGAAUUGAUCGUGAAAUAAAUAAAUUAAAAAGAGAGAUUCAACAGGAGCAACAAUCUAAAGAAGACUUGAUGCCUGGAGUGUCACUUGUACCUCAGAUUACCGAACUAACCACCACUGUGCAAAAUCAAAUGAAUUACCUUUCUCUGCUAAAGCACUAUGCCGAGCUUACAGAGGAAGAGGACUCAAACAUAGAAAUAAAGUAUCAAUCCCUCAAGCAAGACUUUCUACAAGAGCUUGUGAAAAUGGAAAAGCUUUAUACCUGCUAUUACAAUUUAUUGGAGAAGUACGUGGAUUUAAAAGGAAAAUCUAAAGACUAA